AAACCACGUUGUUUGAUGCAAGAAAGAUAAGUGCUGUUGAUUUUCCCUGUUUAGUUCCACACGCUCUUUCUCUCUUACUUCUCUCACUUUAAUCUUAACUACCACCCAAAAUGGCCCUCUCCUCCGCAGCAGCGAAACUCGAAGAGAAAAUCGGGCACGGCGACAACGCCACCACCAUCCAAGAUGUCACCAAUCCCGACCGCGAUCCCGCCUAUGCCUCCUCAGCCGACAAAAUGAAAGCGCUGGUGUGGCAAGGCAAGAACAAGGUCGAGGUCGUCGAAGUGUCCAAACCCGCCAUCAUCGAGGAUACCGAUGUCAUCCUCAAAAUCACCGGGAGCACCGUCUGCGGCAGCGACUUGCACCUGUUGCAUGGCUCGGUGGUUGAGAUGCAGACCGGCGACAUUCUCGGCCAUGAGUUCUGCGGAGUUGUCGAUGAGGUCGGCUCGAAGAUUUCCAAGGUCAAGAAGGGCGACCGCGUGGUGGCGAGCUUCCAGAUAGCGUGUGGCUCUUGCCAUUACUGCGAUCAGAAGCUCUCUUCGCAAUGCGAGAAGACGAACUCCAACACUAUCGAAAACGCAAUGUACGGCGGGCGAACAGCAGGGAUGUUUGGCUACAGCCACUUUACAGGUGGAUUCGCAGGAGGACAAGCAGAGUACACCAGAGUUCCUUAUGGCGAUGUGAACCUGCUCAAACUGCCUGACGACGUGCCCGACGAAAAGGGCCUCUUCCUCUCCGACGUCAUCGCAACCAGCUGGAACUGCGUCGUCGACACGGGCGUCACCAAAGGCUCCAUCGUCGCCGUCUGGGGCGCCGGCCCGAUAGGCCAAAUGGCCGCCGAGUUUGCCUUCCUCAACGGCGCCAGCCGCGUCAUCGUCAUCGACUGCAACUGGCGCCUCGACUACGUCAAGUCAAAGUACCCCAACGUCGAGACGGUGGAUUUCUCGCAGCUCAAGGGGCCGAAAGGGGUGGUGACGAAAUUGAAGGAGAUGACGGACGGGAGAGGGCCGGACGUGGCGCUCGAGUGUGUCGCUGGCGAGUAUCCCAAGGGCUGGCUGCAUACCAUUGAGAUCGCGGCGGGGCUGGAGACGGACACGUCGGAGAUUCUUAAUGAGAUGAUUGAGAGUGUGAAGAACUACGGCCGCGUGGGCGUCACGGGUGUGUACGUGGGCUACACCAACCACUUCAACAUCGGAAGCAUCAUGGAACGCGGCAUCCGCUUCAUCGGCAACGGCCAGGCCCCCGUCCACCUCUACUGGGAAGACUUGCUCAAACGCAUCCAAAAGGGCGAAAUCGACCCGCUGAAAAUGGUCACGCACCGCGUGCGCAUGGAGGAUUUGGACAAGGUGUACUACAAGUUCGACAAGAAGGAGGACGGGAUGCAGAAGGUGUAUGUGCAGACGCGCUUCUCGGCGCCGCCUUGCGCGGGCUCGCCGGCGUUGACGACGUAUUGAUCGCCUCUUGCGACUGAGGGGGGUUGUGCGGUGAUGGUAGAUGGCUCGAUGGGGUGUUGUUGACCCAUUAAUGAAACUUAUGAUGAUCGGAAGCUUCUUUUCCAAUAAUGUAGUACUCGGGAGAGAAGAUGAAGGAGUGGCGCUGU